ACUGUGUUCACUAAGCUGAGGCCAAGCGCGGAACUCGCUGGACCCGGCCCUGCGCUGGCCUCAACUCCACGUCCACAGCUGUGGCUCAGCUUCGCCCCCGUGGCCGACGCCGUCGCCCUGCACUUCCAGCUCUCCGCGGAGCAGGUCAACUGGCUGGCGCUGGUCUUCCUCGUGGUAUCCAUCCCCGCCGGCCUGGUGGCCAUCUGGGUGCUGGAUACGGUCGGGCUCCGCUGGGCGACCAUCCUGGGCGCGUGGCUGAACGUGGCCGGGAGUGUGCUGCGCGCCCUGCCCUGCCUGCUGGCCCGGACCCCGCGUGCGUUCGCCCUCCUCCUGGGGGGACAGGGCCUCUGCGCCCUGGCCCAGACCCUGGUUGUGUUCUCGCCGGCCAAGCUGGCCGCCCUGUGGUUCCCGGAGCACCAGCGGGCCUCCGCCAACGUGGCCGCCUCCAUGGCCAACCCCCUGGGCAUCUUGGUGGCCAACCUGCUGUCGCCCGCCCUGGUCAAGAAGGAGGGGGACGUCCCCCUAAUGGUGAGGGGCUGCCGUCCAGCUCUGCGCGGGGACCGGGUCGGCGGCCUGUUGGGGGGUCGGGAGCUGCGGGUGGCGGGCAGUCCUGGGGCUAAGGGCCGGUCACUGAACACAGGAGGACCUGGCUCGGCGGCUCUGCUGAUUGCCAAUGGGCCCCGUGACAGGGCGCCGCGGGGCCUCCCCCAGGAGUUCUCAGGCCUCUGCGGGGCUCUCUUCAUCGCCUUUGGGGUGCUGGGGGCCCUGGCUCUUGGCCUGUACGUGGACCGGACCAAGCACUUCACCGGCGCAGUCAAGGUCGGCCUGUGUCUGACGUCCCUGGUCUGCGUGGCCUUCGCCCUGGUGUCCCAGCUGCGGGGCCAGACCGCGGCGCUGGCGGCCGUGUGCUCGCUGCUCGGCGCCUUCGGCUUCUCCGUGUUCCCGGUGGCCAUGGAGCUGGCCGUGGAGUGCUCCUUCCCGGUGGGGGAGGGCGCGGCCGCCGGCCUGAUCUUUGUGCUGGGGCAGGCCGAGGGCGUCCUCCUCAUGCUGCUGCUGACCUCCCUGGCCGUGCGUCGUGAGGAACCGGCCUUUUCCACGUGUCGCGGUGGCCAGGACCCCCUGGACUGGAGCACGUCCAUGCUGCUGAUGGCCGGCCUCUGUACCCUCUUCACCUGCCUCUUGGUUCUCUUCUUCCACACACCAUACCGGCGCCUGCAGGCCGAGGCCAACGCCAGCCUGACCGUGCAGGAGCAGUGCCCGGUCUCCACGGACCACACAGCUGGCCAGGAAGCCGCCCCCUGAGCCCUCAACUCCCCAGGACACUGCUCGGGAGAUGCAGAGCGGGGGGCUGCUGCCGUGUGUGAGGGGCACGGCCGAGGGCGGGGGGGACCCUGAGCAGGCGUGGACGGGGUCCCUGCUUGAACGGUCCCCCUUGCUGAGCAGAGGCCAGGCCCCCAGCCUGGGUGCUGGGCAGGUGGGAAGCGAGGGGGCUGGCCAGGCGGGAGGGACAUGGAGGGAGAGCCCGUACGAAGACCCUCCAUCCCCCCAAGAUACCGGCGGGCAGGCGCGGGGGCCACUCAGUUGCCCUGGACAGCCAGAGGGGCCAUCCGUGGUCCCCAGGAGGGCACCUCGUGCCUGCUCUUCCCGUGGGUGAGGAUGCAGCUCCGUGGUCGCAGCCCAGGGCAUCAGGAACGGACCCCCGCGGAAUGGAAGCCUGGUCAGCCUGUGAGGCCGUUGGGGGGUCAGGCCCAGAUGUACGGGGAGGGCCUGAGGGAUGUUAGAAAGCGACACUUGAAAAACUGGUAUUACGCCAAC